AUGGUUCACAACUACAAGCAUGGCUUCUCAGGCUUCGCAGCGAUGCUCACUGAAGACGAAGCUAAACAAGUCGCAGGGUUUCCAGAAGUCAUCAGUGUGGAACCUAGCACAACCUACACGACGACAACCACUCACAGCUGGGAUUUCCUUGAUCUGAGCUACCAAACGCCCAGCGACGACGACUUGCUCCAGAAAGGCAGAUAUGGAGAGGACAUUAUCAUCGGGGUUGUUGACACAGGUAUCUGGCCGGAGUCAAGAAGCUUCAGAGACGAAGGAUACCCGCCGGUGCCGUCGCGGUGGAAAGGCGUGUGCCAGGUCGGAGAGGUCUGGGGCACCAACAACUGCAGCCGCAAGAUCAUCGGGGCACGCUUCUACGACGCCGGAAUCGACAGGGAAACCCUCCACAGGAACGAGUACCUCUCGGCCCGGGACGCCAACGGCCACGGCACGCACACGGCGUCCACCACGGCGGGCUCCGCCGUGGACGCGGCCAGCUUCCACGGCCUCGCGGCGGGCGUUGCGCGCGGCGGCGCGCCGCACGCCCGCAUCGCCGUGUACAAAUCCCUCUGGCUCAACGAGGACGGCCGUAGCAGCGGCAGCGACGCGAUGGUGCUCGCGGCCAUCGACGACGCGAUACACGACGGGGUGGACGUGCUCUCGCUGUCCCUCGGUGCCGUCGGUGCCCAGAGCUCGUUCGCCGCCCUGCACGCGGUUCAGAAGGGGAUCACCGUCGUGUACUCUGGCAUGAACGACGGUCCAAGGCCGCAGACCGUCGGGAACACUGCCCCGUGGGUCAUCACCGUGGCCGCGAGUACGAUUGAUCGCUCGUUUCCAACCGCCAUUACGCUGGGCAACAAGCAUCAGAUAUUGGGACAAUCUCUCUACUACCAAGAGAAGAACUCACCCAGGAGUAGUUUCAGAAGCCUUGCCUUUGGAGGCCUCUGCACGGCGGAAACUCUCAACGGUACGGAUUUGAAAGGGAAGACUGCCCUGUGCUUUCCAUUAUCAGACAACCAAAGAGCGCUAGUCCCGGUCCAGCAAUUCCAAAACGCGACGCAAAACGUCCUGGAUGCCGGGGGCUCGGGUCUUGUUUUCGCUCAAUACACGACCAAUCUUCUAGAUGUCACAGAAAACUGCGGAGGAAUUCCUUGUGUUCUUGUGGACAUUGACACUGGGUACAAGAUUCUACGAUACAUCAGAACCGCGAGCUCUCCGGUGGCAAAGAUUGAACCAGCGCGCAGCGUUACAAGUAAAGAGUUACUGGCUCCCAAAGUGGCUGCCUUCUCCUCCAGAGGUCCAGCCAUCGACUACGCUGAUGUUAUCAAGCCUGACAUAGCUGCACCUGGAGCUAGCAUCUUAGCAGCAGUGGGAGACUCCUACAUGCUUAUGUCGGGGACAUCAAUGGCCGCUCCACACGUCUCGGGCAUAGUUGCACUGCUGAAAGCUCUGCACCCAGAUUGGUCUCCUGCUGCGCUGAAAUCUGCCAUUGUCACCACUGCAUCUGUAACUGAUGAACACGGCAUGCCAAUACUGGCUGAAGGGUUGCCUAGGAAGAUUGCUGACCCAUUUGACUAUGGAGGUGGCCACAUCAACCCUAACAGAGCAGCAGAUCCUGGCUUGAUUUAUGACAUCAAUCCAAACGAUUACAACCAAUUCUUUCGCUGCAGCAUCGAGACAUCCAUUAGUUGCAAUGCAACAUCAGUACCCGGGUAUCUCUUAAACCUGCCUUCUGUCUCGGUACCAAAUCUUAGGUAUCCAGUUACCGUGCCGAGAACUGUCACAAAUGUCGGCGAGGUCGAUGCAGUUUACCACGUUGCGGUUGAGAGCCCUGCUGGAGUCAAGAUCGAAGUUGAGCCAUCGGUUCUUGUGUUCAACGCUGCAAACAAGGUUCAUACAUUUCAGAUCAAGUUAUCACCUAUGUGGAGGUUACAAGGGGAUUACACGUUUGGCAGCCUUACGUGGUACAAUGAUCAUAGGACAAUGUUUGAUAAGAAAUCAAGGUGA